CUCCGCCGGCGUUCGUCCGAUAGCACGACCAGUUUCUCGAGUUCCGCCGAUCCCGCCUGAUCGGCUGCGUCUCCGUCGUGGUCAAUUAGCGCUGCCUCCGUGGAUCGUAUUAUCUCCUUAGUUUCGGCCAACUGAUAACAAGUUGCAGCCAACAGUCGGUGUCAAAGUCAUACUUGUGUGUUGUGAAAAACAAAACUUUUUCGUCUUUCGCUGCGAGUCGAUCGUCACGCUUUUCAUACAAUUAUAUGACGGAUACUAGAAAAUUAUGCAACGAGAUGUUUGUCGAGAUCUUAAAUUGCAAAGUUGCGUUUGACCGUUGUACGAGUGCACACGUCCGAUGAUUUCGCGUUAAUUUAUUCUGGCGAAAUCCCUCAUUUUUCAUCCAAUCGGAGAUUUUAUAUAUUCAUACGGAACAUCGGAAUGAAGCUCCUGGAUCUGUGGGCAUUUUCGUACUUGAAUUUUUAAUUUCACGCGCAGAAGCUAUGCACGGAGGUGGCUACUAUCCGAUAACAGAGGCACCCUACCUUGCGCUCCUGAAUAUUCACUCGGUCAUGGGAGCCGAAUUCUGCGGAGCCGCGAUCCUAUCUGAACUCUGGCUACUGACCGCGGCUCACUGCGUCCUAAGGAACAAUACACUGUCGCAGGUGACGGUGUACCUCGGCACGAGUACUUCGCCCUACAAAAGCUUGGGGAUCAACGUCACCGAGAUAAUCGUGCACGAGAAGUACAGAGAACAGCCCAAGGCGUUCGACAUCGGUUUGAUCAAGGUUGCGGAGAGAAUAGAAUUCACCGAGUAUUUCUACCCACUCCCGAUAACUCACGCGUCCCCGCGACCCGGGGACGUGGUGAUCUUGGCCGGUUACGGUUACGGACACUACCGCGAGUUCGGCGAGGCCCUGAAAAUGAUGCGGCUGCGGGUGAUCGAGGACGAGGUCUGCCGGAGGAAUUACACGAUCGGCCCGACGCAGUUCUGCACAGACGUGAGGGACGCCGAUCUCUGCGGCGGCGACUCCGGGGCCCCGGCCGUGCUCAACGACGAGAUAGUCGGCGUCGCCUACGAGGGCUGCGAGUACGACGCUCCGAACGUGUUCACGAAGGUGGCAGAGUUCUACGACUGGACCCUGGACAAGACGGGGAUUAGCUACGGCUGGAGGAAGAGGAGGUCGCCAACUCGAAAGACUGGCGAGAGGAGAACUUGAGGAGCUGUGCCGUUAUAAGUUUUUCGUUGCAAAGACGAUCCAUCGACAACGUCACGUCCAUGUAUAUACACGAAUAAAUCACACCAUAUGUA